GUGUAGUGAUGAAUUCUCUCAGUUUGUGUUUUCUCUGCGUGUGUGUGUGUAAAUUCUUUCUUGUUGGGUUAAGUGUUCUAUAUAUGUUAAUCAAACUUGUAAAUGAUGUUGUUCAGAUGUUUAUAUUCUUACUGACUUGUUGGCUAAUUCUUCUGUCUGCAUACAGAGAGGUAUGUUAAAGCUUCUUAUUCUGUGGUGGAUUUGACUGUCUUCACUAGUUCUGUCACCUUUUGAAGUUGGGAGCUUACAUUGGACUAUGAUAUUUUGGACCAGUAAUCAGCAGGAGACUCUCAGUGUGGGUGGGUAAGUAUAAGUUUUUCCAAUUCCUUAGGUCAAGGGCCCACUUUUCAGUUGACAGGGUGGUGAUUAUUUUAUUUUACAAACAGCAAGGGUUUCUUUGUUCUUAUACUUCCUGUGCCUUUUCUCUCUUCCUCAGGGUUUAUGCUUUGCCUUCUUCUAAUUUUUUUCCCUUGUAGAAAUUCCUGCUAAAUGUGGAGCACUUUUCUUUUGGGGCUAAAAUAUUUGGGGUAUAUUCAAAGUUCUCCCACUGUUAGGACUUCUCACUAUUUCCAGUUUUUCUCAACUACAUCAACAGCCCCACUGCCAGGCUGCAAUCUUGUGAUUACUGAUCCUAAUUGUGUGUUUUUAUCCUCGCCUUACACAAUAUUUGAAGUUUCUGGGCUUUGCAUCUCUUAAUUUUACUGAAGGUUUGGGUGGCCAGGAGGGUGCUGGUUUCCUGGGGCUUUUAUGUAUCUUAGAAGAAGAGGGAAAAAAUCCUCACAAGGCUAUAUCUGCAUUGCUUCCAGAACCUGGAAUUAUAAGCUCAACAAUUCCCCUUACUUGUGUGUCUUAAAUUUGCCCAACCUUGGAUUCUAAUAUAUUUGUGAGGUUAUGGUCAUGUCCCACAUCUCCUACUUUAAAAAGUUCUCUUUAUAGUUGCUUUUAUUAAUCUAAUGUCAUUUUACUACAUAUGAAUUUAUGAGGUAUGUUAAUCUUCAAUUUUAUUGUAAGUAAAUUUAGCUUUACUGCUUCUAAAUAUUCUUUACAUUGUAGCUCACUCCUAGGAUCUUCCAAAUAGUAAUCUUGCCUUACUUAACAUCCAUCAUGUAAAAUUAAAAAUUCAGAAAAAUUAACUCGCUGUUAUUGUUACAUUUGCUCCCCAGGCAAUGGAGAGCAUCACUACAGUGAGUGAGUUUCUCUUACUUGGCCUGACCAGUGUUCAGGAUCUGCAGCCUUUCUUCUUUGUGCUUUUCUUAAUCAUUUACUUGAUAAGCUUGGUUGGAAAUGGAGCUAUAUUGGUGAUCAUUAUUUUGGAGCCCAAACUCCACUCCCCCAUGUAUUUUUUCCUGGGAAACCUUUCUUGUCUGGACAUCUGCUAUUCUUCAGUGACACUGCCCAAGCUGCUUCUAACCCUCUUGUCCACUCGCAGGGUCAUAUCUUUCCUAGGCUGCAUCACUCAGCUACACUUCUUCCACUUUCUGGGCUGUUCUGAGGCUGUCUUGCUGGCCAUUAUGGGCUUUGACCGAUUCGUGGCCAUCUGCUACCCACUUCACUAUGCCAUGCUCAUGAACCACCAGGUGUGUGUCCUCUUGGCUGCUGUAGCCUGGCUCACCAGCUUCCUUUAUGCUCUGAUGCAUUCUGUCCUGACUGCACGCCUGAACUUCUGCCACUCUCUGAAACUCCACCACUUCUUCUGCGAUGUGAAGCCUCUCCUGGAACUGGCCUGUGGUGACACGCAGGUCAAUCAAUGGCUUAUUUCCAUCAUCACAGGUGGGAUUUCCAUGGGUGCCUUCUUCCUGACUCUUCUCUCCUACCUCUAUGUCGUUGGUUUCCUUCUGUUUGAGCAUCAGUCCUGCAGCACACUUCACAAGGCUCUGUCCACGUGUGCUUCGCACCUCAUGGUGCUGUGUCUUUUCUAUGGGCCUGUGGGCUUCACAUACAUCCGUCCAGCCUCAGCCACUUCCAUGGUUCAGGAUUGGUUGGUGGCUGUUAUAUACAGUGCAGUCACCCCAGUGCUGAACCCACUGAUAUACACUCUUAGGAAUAAGGAAGUGUGGUUGGCUCUGAAGAAGAUCUUCAGGAGGAAGUUUUGUUGAAAGACUGCCAGGAGCAUCUCUGGGACUAACAGGGUGGAUGUCUGAUGUCCAUUAAGAGUCAUCCCUUCGUUGUGGUGAAUGGUCUACUUGGUUUGUUUUUCUCUCAGGGAUUUGUAGCACUUGUCACUGUGUUCUGCACUUAUUUAUGUAUAAUCAUUCUUGGUGCAGUAUUUAUUCACUGAUUUAUUUAAGAAAUGGUCAUUGAGCGUAUGUUAUAUCAGACAAUGUAGUAGGGGCAGAAAAUACAGGAGUGAGAAAAACUCCACAGUCUUGUGAAAAUCAGUUUAGUGUAAUGGGGACCACCCAACAAGCAAACCCGUAAGUAAACAUGUAAGGAUAAUAGUAUGGGAUUGAGAACUAAAAGGAGGUAGGAAGGAUGAGGAGCAAAUGGGAUGGGCACAUAUGAUAUAAUAAAGAAUUUAUGUGCUCUCUGUCCUGAGUUUCUGAAAUAGAGCUUCUAAAACUCUCAGAAUUCCCCAAGUGGCACAGUGUCUUUGUUAUUCAUAAACCACUUGGAUCACACCUGGGGUUAUGCUCAUAAGAUGACCUUACAUGGGCCCCAAGACAGCUUCAGGAUGGGGCUGGUCCUGCCAGAAACACCAACCAUAUGGCUAGAGGUUUGCAGCUUUGAGUCAUGGUGAUACAAACCUGACUUCCAGAGAGGAAGGAGGCUGGAGGCUGAGCUCAGCUACGUGGCCAGUGAUUCUGUCAGUCACA